AUGCCUACAUACUGGCUCUCCGAUUCGCAGAAAUUCGGCGUGGGCUUCUGCACCGGCGGUUUCUUCUUCCUCCUCUUCGGCCUCAUCCUCUUCUUCGACCGCGCCCUGCUAGCCAUGGGCAACAUCCUUUUCCUAAUCGGCGUCACGCUGCUCCUCGGCCCCACUCGAACCUUUGCCUUCUUCGCCCGGAAACAGAAAUGGAGGGGGAGUUUGGCCUUCUGGGCUGGGAUCUUGCUCAUUUUGAUCAAGUGGACGUUUGUCGGGUUUGCGGUGGAGAGUUAUGGGAUUUUUGUGUUGUUUGGGGAGUACGUAUCUGCCUUCAUUGCCACGGGCGAGCUGGGUUGGUGGGGGAGGUUCUUCAAGACGAUCGCGGGUUUCGCGUAUAACAUUCCCGUUGUUGGACCAUAUCUGGCUCGGGCUCUACAGGUGGCUGGAGACAAGGCCGGAGCGAACGAACGAGCACACAAGGAUUUGCCUGUAUGA